AUGGGUCCGGCAGAAGUGAGGACUAAAGUUCUUCUAAUAGUUCUCUGUGUGUCUGUUGUUCUUCUUGUUGGGGGUCUCUGUGUUCUGGGGGUCCUGUAUUUCAUCAGAUCUUACUCAUGUGAACCCUGUGAGUACGGCUGGACAGAACAUGAUGGACACUGUUAUCUCUUCUCCUCUGAAAAGCGGACGUAUUUUGACAGUCGUCUGUUAUGUCUAGCUUCAGACGCUCAUCUGGUCAUAAUAAACAAUGCAAAAGAACAACAUUUCCUGGUGUCUAAAGCUAAAGAGUUUUUUUGGAUUGGUCUUAAUGAUCUGGAGACUGAGGGCCGGUGGGUUUGGGUGAAUAACCAAAUUCUUAAUCAAACAGGAGUACAGUUCUGGCACAAGAGAGAAUCUGGGCAAAGUGAACCAGAUAACUGGAAUAAAGAAGAUCCAUCAGGAGAGAACUGUGCUUCUAUAGCAUUUUGGGAUAUCUUUCACACUUGCUGGCAGUGUGACGUUUGA